GCCAGAUUAGGCUUCUUCCCUUCCGCGACGUCCGAAGAACUAUAUUGGCGCGUCAAUUGUCAUUUCUAGUUUUUUUUUUCUUAAAGUCAACGAUGUACGGAUCUGUCCUUCAACCACCACUGUGUCCUUCACAAUGUCGACCAUUCCAACCUCAUUUCUCCAUUCUCUGCCGCCGGCACCCCAUGUCGACGUCUCGACGAUCAAGGGCAAUAUCUCGAACGAGGAAAAACAACUUGGCGCCAAUAUUUUCUCCUAUUUUGUGAAUAGUCGGGAGGAAUCCUAUGGUGCUGAGGUCGGUAGACGCUUGCGCCUGGUCGAAAUGAACAUUUGGGGCCGGGAUGCUAGCGGGACUGCGGCGCAAGGACAGACAAUCUUUGAGAUCGAUGUCGAAAAAGACAUGUGUAAUGUUUUUGGAACCUUGCACGGGGCAUGUGCCGCAUAUAUCGUCGACCCGUGCUCUGUGUCCAGUUUGGUAGUUCUGGGCGCUGCCAUCGGAGCUGAUGAAACAGGCGUCUCGCAAUCUCUCAACGUUAUCUGGCACCAGCCGGCAAAAAUGGGAACAACACUCAGGGUGAUCAUGGAUCCAUCGGGCCUCCUGCUUGAGUCGAGUAUUCCUUGCGUCGAGCUCCUCCUGGGCUCGAUAGUAACUUCGGAGGUUGAGGUCAAUACCUCGGUGAAUUCGCCGGGUGUGUUCGUCCAUGCCACCUGUGGUGGCAAGGUCUCGGAUGGGGGUAACUGGGCCCUCAGCCUGUUGAGGGAGGGCAUGGGGCAGGGUGACUGGCAGGAUAGAAGGGGCUGGGCUGGAUGGCCUCGUCAUUGGAGUAGCUGGGGUCACUCCAGCUGAGCUCCUGUCCCAGUCUCUGUUGUCAUCGACUGCGGGCC